AUGACAAGUGUAAGCCGUUAUGGGCAGGGAGGCCGUCAAGCGUACGGUUUGGUGUCCAACUUGAGUACCAAGUCGCCUGGUAGUGCUUCUACAAAUCCAGCUCAGGGAAACCAGACGCAAAAUCCGGCUUCAAAUGUACAGCAGAAGAAUCCAAAAUUGUAUAAAACAGAAUUGUGUAGAUCUUGGAUGGAUCACGGUCGUUGUAAUUAUGGGGAAAGGUGUCAGUACGCACAUGGCGAACACGAGAAACGGUCUAUUCCUAGGCAUCCGAAAUAUAAGACUGCAUAUUGCCAGUCGUAUCAUCAGUCUGGGUAUUGCCCUUAUGGACCAAGAUGUCAUUUUAUCCAUAAUGAAGAUUCGUCUGCUUUGUCAAGGAACGCAGUACCUGUAAACCACCCUUAUCUGCUACAAACGAACAGUAAUUCUCUCUUGCUAUCCUUGGGCAAUACUUUGCAUUAUUCGUGCGGAUCGGCUGGUGAAUCUCCAGUCCCUAGUUCAGCAGGGUCAGGAAGUGAAAGCCCUUUGGGUUCCAGUAGUCCAAGUCUUGACCUUGAUGACUCUAUGAAUGUGGCGUCACUUAAUAAUUGGAAUGUUUUUACUGAUAAUUCUUUAAACGUUAAGCGUUCACAUUUUGAGUGGCCUUCGGUGGCGAUGGGUGAUAAUGGCAUCGCUCUCAACCAGAAAGUGCCUUUGCAGGCGGGUACAUCACUAUGUUCGCAACCGGCUUACGAUCUUAAUUCCACUGCAUUGUUGAUUAAUGAUUUGCUGUCAUGGAAUUUCGAUGAGAAAACUAUUGGUAAAGCGUCGAGCGAACCAACUGUAAGCAGUGUUCGUCUUCCGGUUUUUGCCCAGUUCAGUAAUCCUCAUACGACCCCUUGA